UUUCAGAUUGGCGGUUGUUUUUCCCAAUGUCCGAUAGCGAAGAAUCUGGUGACGAACAGCGGGACCAGGAUGCAAUGGAGGAUUUCGCAGAUAGCCAGGAGAAGAGCGAUGAUGAGACACCAGAAAGCGAUGAUGAUGUCGUCAAAAAUGGAAGAAAAAGGAAGCAUUUUGAUGAAUAUGACGAUGAGGAUGAAGAUGAUGAUGAUGAUGAUGAUGAGGACGAUGGCGAUGGCCGUCAUAGUAAGAAGUCUAGGAAGAGGAAGAAACGACGCACAGGAGUACACCAGUUUAUUCUCGAUGAUGUGGAAGUAGAUGAAGACGAGGAGGAAGAGGAUGGUUUUGAAGAGGAUGGCGAUGAGAUGGGGAUUGAUCCAAGAGAAAGAGAGGAAGCUGAAAGAAUGAUGAAGGAGCAAGAUGAAAGGAAUCGUGAAGGACGUCGUCGAGAUCUAUUCAGUGGAAUGAACGAAGACCAAAUAGAAGAUUAUUUUAAGAAGAAAUAUGCAAAUCAGUCCUCUUAUGCUAAUGUGAUGGAUGAUGAUGCUGCUCUAGAUGACAUAAGUCGUCAUUCUUUACUUCCAAGUACAAAUAAGGAUCCAAAUUUGUGGAUUGUAAAAUGUCGUCUAGGUGAGGAGAAGCUGGUUGCGCUACAACUCAUGCGAAAAUUCAUCGCCUACGAAAAUACUGAUAACUCUUUACAAAUCAAAUCGGUGGUAGUAAAAGAAGGUCUGAAAGGAAUGAUUUACAUAGAAGCAUUCAAACAAUCGCAUGUAGCGACAGCAGUUACUGGAAUAUCAGCUCUAAAUCAGUUCCGAAUAGCUAUGGUGCCAAUCAAGGAAAUGUGUGACACUUUGAAAGUGGCCAAAGAUAUCCCAUCACUGAAAAAUGGAAUGUAUGUUCGAUUAAGAAGAACCAUGUAUCGCGAUGAUUUAGCUCAGGUUGAUUGGGUAGACGUGGCACACAAUAAGGUUUAUUUGAAGUUGGUACCACGCAUUGAUUACACUCGCAUGCGUGGAGCACUCAGAGCACCGGAUGAACCGCGUUUUGUAAAAAUGAAGCGAAGACCACAAGCUCGUUUGUUUGAUGUUGAAAGAAUUAAAGAAAUAGGGGGUGAAGUAUCAACAGAUGGCGACUUUAUGACAUUUGAAGGAAAUCAGUAUCGUCGAGGAUUUUUAUACAAAUGGUUCCCAUUGAAUAUUAUUCAGGUUGACGGUGUGAAACCUUCAUUGAGCGAACUAGAAAAAUUCCAAGAAACAAGCGAUGACCUGAAAAAAGAAUUAGAAGGAAUGAAGGUGAAAGAUUUAUCGUAUAUCUUUUCACCGGGAGACUACGUCGAAGUGAUGGAUGGUGAACUUGUAAACUUGCGUGGCAGAGUUCAGAAUGUUGACGGCGAAAAAAUUGUUAUGUUACCGGACCACGAAGAUUUAAAGGAACCAUUGACGUUAAACGCUUGUGAAUUGAGGAAAUUCUUCAAAACAGGUGAUCAUGUAAAAGUGAUCAAUGGUCGAUAUGAAGGAGAUACCGGUUUGAUCGUGCGUGUGGAAGAUAAUCUUGUCAUUUUAUUAUCGGAUCUGACCAUGCACGAGCUGAAAGUAUUACCGCGUGAUGUUCAACUUUGUGCUGAUGUGACUACAGGUGUGGACUCGUUGGGACAGUUCCAGUAUCAGGACCUUGUAAUGUUGGAUCAACAGACAGCUGGCGUUAUCGUUCGCUUAGAGAGAGAAUAUUUAGAAGUUUUGAAUAUGCAUGGAAAGGUCGUACGAGUAAAGCCACAAGCAAUUCACGGUAAAAAAGAUACGCGCUUUGCACAGGCACUUGAUAGUCAACAGAACAGCAUUCAAGUGAAGGAUACAGUUAAAGUUGUAGACGGUCCGUAUGCAAGCCGUGGUGAUGCGGAAGAUGAGAAACAGGGGGAAAUCAAACAUAUAUAUCGUUCGUAUGCAUUUGUGAUGUCUAGAAAGCAUAUGGAAAACGGUGGCUUGUUUGUUUGCAAGCCAAGACAUUUGCUUUUGGUUGGUUCAAAGGCAAAUACGAAAAUUGGGGAUUUCAUUGUGAAAGGAUUGGCAACACCUGAUCCAUUCUCCAGUCCUCGACAUAUUGAGUUGGGAGGACAAACACCUCGACCUGGUAACAUGUCAAGCGGCAGAAGUGUUAGAGGCGGCGCAACUCCUUCUCAGCAUGAGGGUAGCUCUGUGGGUGUACCAAGUACCGGUGGUUUCGAUUCGCAGAAUCGAGUGCGGCGAGAUAAUCAAAUAAUUGGAAAAAGUGUGAGGAUCACGCAGGGACCUUUGAAAGGAUAUUUUGGUAUUGUCAAAGAUGCUACUGAACAAACUGCGCGCGUUGAGCUUCAUUCUAAUUGCAAGACAAUCAGUGUUGACCGAUCAAGAAUAAUGAUCGUUGGUGACGGCACUCCUGGUGGCACGUUGAUUGGCGGAUUGCUUGGUAGAACACCAUCCGGUGACAGUCGCACACCAAUGUAUAGCGGUGGUGGUAAAACUCCAAUGUACGGGGCCCAAACACCGAUGUAUGGCUCUCAAACACCCAUGCAUGAAGGAGGACGUACACCGCAUUACGGUGCUUUGACGCCAUCAUAUGAUGGUGGACGUACUCCAGUUCAUUCUUCGGCUUGGGAUCCAUCAACAACACCUGCACAUCCAAUAAGUGAUGAUAUUCAUUAUGAUGAACCCUCAUCACCCUUCAAUGUACCUACUCCGGGCGCAAUGAAUCCUCAUACUCCUGGCUACAAUCCAGAUUCUUCUCUUGGUCAGACAUACGCACCAAUGACACCUGGAGGAAUGUAUGCAGAUUACGCUGCUCCAAGUCCUUUCUCGGAUGGUCGUUCAAAUACAGGUGCCACUGCAGCAGGCUCUGGUGCUAUACCCCAACACGUAUUGAACUCAGGCGACUGGGUAUCAGUUGACAUGAUGGUGCGAUUUCGUGACAAUUAUGAUGAUGAUGAGCUCAAAGGCCAAGAGGGAACUAUUAAAAAUGUCGACACUGUGGAGGGUCGCUGCAGUAUUUAUUCAUUCGAGUUAGAUCGCGAGGUAAUGGCAUAUUUCGACCAGAUUCUUCCCGUCAAACCUCAGCAGGGUGAUAGGGCAAAAAUAAUAUACGGUGAUGAUAUUGGCAUCAGCGGUACCUUGGUGUCCGUGGACAAUACUGAGGCAGUAGUUAAAACCGAUAACAACGAUAUUGUUUUGAGUCACAUUGAAUCACUCUGUCGCAUGGAAAAUUUAUAAUUCCUCUUAUUUUAUUAUGAUUUUUUCUCACUUUUUUAAUUCUGAAGUAGGUAGUUAAGAUGUCAAGAGAUAUAAAUUAAUACAAUAUGUUUUUGUUUGUUG